AUGGCCGACGUGCUCGACAUCGCCGGUGAACCGGUCUUCGACGAGCGCAUAGUCGGCCUCGAGAUCCACACGUACAACCCGUACGCAAACACCUCGUUUGGGUACAGCGAAGAGAUAAGGAUUCCCAUACAACAGCAGGAUCUGUACACGUUGCCCUGCGAGAGCUACCUGUACAUCGAGGGUACGUUCUCGAUCGUCGGGACGUCAGCUGGAGAGGGAGGUGAUUCAGUGACGCACAAGGACCAGGCGCGACUGGUGAACAACUGCGCGGCGUUCCUGUUCGACGAGAUUCGUUACGAGCUCAACGGCGUUGAGAUAGACAGGAGCCGAAACGUCGGCGUCACGAGCACGCUCAAGAACUACGCGUCCUUGACUCACGCGCACGCUAACAUCCUGCAGAACGCGGGAUGGAGUGUGGUGAACAACACGUCAGGACCGGGUGAUUUCAACCUCUGCGUCCCUCUCGGGAUGCUGCUGGGCUUCUGCGAGUACAACAGACGCGUGGUGAUCAACGCGCGACACGAACUCGUUCUGAUUCGCGCGCGCAACGACAACAACUGCGUCGUGCUGUCGAGCGACCGACACGAGCCGAAGAUAGACUUGCACAAGGCCGUUAAAGCGGCUACGCAGCUGGAAAAGCCGCGCUACGUCAUCUUCGCGCUACAGACCGGCCGAAGAAACGUCGGGACGAAGGACGCCUCUCUGUUCGACGAAUGCGACCUCUCCAACGUGAAGCUGUUUCUCAAUUCGGAAUUCUACUCCUACGACGACAUGCAUCUGGACUUUACAAAAAAUCGUUACGCAGUGCUGUACGACAUGUACACCAGAUUCCGCAGAACGUACUACGCGCUCGAUCGGGACGAUGACGGUGCGAUGCUGACGAUGAGAAAAUUCCUGCACUGCGGUCCGUUCGUGGUUAUAGACUGCUCUAGGCAGAACGAGGCGGUGAAGAGCGCCACCGUCGAUGUACGCAUAGAGUUCGACUGCAGACGUAACGUCCCGCCCGAGACCACGGCUUCCUGCCUCAUACUUCACGAUCGCGUAGUAGAGUACAAUCCGCUUACGAGCGUGGUUCGACGAGUCGUAUAA